GCCCCAUAAAUAGAGAAACACGAAGCUCAAGAGUGUAUUGUUGUUUUGGUUGGACUGGCUUGUGUGGAAAUAUAUUUUUUUGGGACAAUAAAAUGGAUACGAAAUUUAUGGUUUUUGCACUUCUCUUUUUCGUUAACUUUACACUAAAUAAAGCAAUUGAAAUUCCAGAACACUUAAAGGCACAUGCUAAGAGAUUGCACGAUAGAUGUCAAAAGGAAAUUGGCGUGGAUGAGGCUCUAAUUGCUCAAAGCAACAAUGGGAACUUACCAAAUGAUAGAAAAUUGCAGUGCUACAUUCAUUGUUUGUUCCAAAAAACUGGAUUGAUUGAUGAAAACAACAUUAUCCAUCUGGAACAUAUGAUUGAGAUUCUUCCAACAGAAAUGCAGGAGAUUAUCGAAAGAUUAAUUUCAUCUUGCGGAACAAAACACGGAGCAGAUCCUUGUGAAACUGCAUAUCUAACAGUCAAAUGCUAUUUCGAUGCAGAUCCUGAGAAUUCAAUGUUAAUAUAGUAUUGAAGGUGUAAGUUUUACCUUCAGCACUUACCUGUAAAGGGCAUUAUCCGGUCGAAGUAACAUCAAGGAACGGAAGACUCGCAAUGAUUCAAUUUGUACUAAUAUUAAAUUUUGCUAAACAAUAAAACAAACAAAAAAAUAUUGCUAUGAAAACAAAA